AGAAGGAAAGCGAGACAUAAGAACAAGGGUACAACGCAUCUACAUUAAAUCUUCGCAUAUUACUGUAGUGCUGAACGCUACUUUACUGGACAAAACACAAUUCGUGAAAACUUCGUGCCCAAUCGAAAGCGUAUUACUGCUUGUUGAAGCUUCUCUGUCUGGUGGAUCUGAGCUUCUUUUAGUUUAGCUUAGGUUGGCUUGUUAGCCCGUCGAAAGAAAUGAGCUUGUUUUCCACUGAUCUCAGCAUAGAAGUCAACUGUGCGUCAAAUGUUAUGAAUGUCUCGUCAAAAUGUUUGCAAUGAGGGUAGCUGAGUUUGAUGAGAGACUUUGUGGAAAAAAAGAAGAUAUCGAGCGACUACGUCAAGCACUGGACACUGCAGAUGUCAAUGAAGAUGUUUGUCCUGAGUGGCAGGAGACAGAGCCCCCUCCACUUAAAGAGGAAAUAGGGGAUGAAGAGGUGCCCUAUAUUAAAGAAGAAGAGCCCGAGACCCUGAGUAUUAAACAAGAAGAGGAGCCAGAGUAUCACAACGUUAAAGAGGAAGAACGGCUGGAAAAAGAGACAGGAUGCACCAAUAUAAAAGAGGAGGAGGAGGAUUUCCCCAACUUGCCUUCGACUGUUGUCCUUUUUGAAAUUACAGAUAAUGGUGCAAGCGAACCAUUUGGCGCCAUUGGGGCGGAGCCUUCAGACACACUCUUAGCUCCACUAUCCAAUAAUGACGACACUUCACAGUCUACUGAUGGGGAUGAAAACUCUGAACAUCAUACUACAUGUAACUCUGAUAACAAACCCUGUGAAUGUUCUCAGUGUGGGAAAACUUUUGUCUAUAAGUGGGAUUUGAAAAGACACAUGAGAAUACACACAGGAGAAAAACCUUUUGCCUGUACAGUUUGUGGUAAAACGUUCUCUCAGAAAGGAUCAUUGAAUAGUCACGCAAGACAACACACUGGAGAGAAACCUUUUGUUUGUUUAGUUUGUGGCAAAAGAUUCUCACAACAAAGUCAUUUGAAAAGACACAAAAUGACACACACUGGUGAGAAACCUUAUGUUUGCUCAGUUUGUGGUAAAAGAUUCCCUGAAAUGGUAAACCUAAGAGUACAUUUAAGAAGACACUCUGGUGAGAAACCUUUUGCAUGUUCAAUUUGUGGUCAGAGUUUCACACACAAAAGAAGUUUAAGUAUACACAGAAGAAUACAUACUGGUGAGAAACCUUUUACCUGCCUAGUUUGUGGUCAAAGAUUCACUCACAAGGGAAGUUUAAGAAAACACUCAAGAACACACACAGUCGAAAAGCCCUUUGUCUGCUCAGUUUGUGGGCAAAGAUUCGUACAUAAGGGUAGCUUAAUAAGACAUGAAAGAACCCAUGCUGGAGAUAAAUGGUUGUCAUGUUUAGUUUGUGGUGAAAGGUUCACCAAAGAAAGACCUUUAAGAAAACACACUAGGACUCACCCAGGUAAAAUAGUUUUUGCCUGCUCAGUUUGUGGUCAAAAAUUUCCCUGUAAGGAAAGCUUAAUGCAUCACACAAAAACACAUGUUGGUGAAAAUCCUUUUGACUGCUCAGUUUGUGAUCAAAGAUUCUCUGAUGAGGGAAGCUUGAGAAAACACACAAGACAACAUACUGGUGAGAAACCAUUUCCCUGUUCAAUCUGUGGUCAAAGAUUCACGUUCAAGGGAAGUUUAAAAUCGCACUUAAGAACACACACUGGUGAAAAAUAUGUUGAUCAUUUCCAGGCCUCAUAAGUCUGAUGCUGGAGAUAGCAAAUGUGGAUGCAAAAAUGCUAACUUUUCUUUUUUUCUUUGUUUUUAUAAUAUUCUGUGAUAUUUAUUAUUAUUAUUUUUAAACGCAAACAAUUUCUAUCACUGAGUAUCUUUAAACUUACAUUUUGUCCUUUAUAUUGUUAAAAAUCAUUGAGAAAAUCAAUGUAUGUCUUGACAGUUUGUUGGCUUGGGGAAAAUAUUGGCUAGGAAGAGUUCAGUUAUUUUAGUUUCACACCUCUAGAAUGAUUGUUUUAUUGACCAAAUAUUAAAUACAUUUUAAGAGGAUGGAUGAGGGACAUGUCUUCAAAAAAAAACAUUUUUAGUUCUUGCGUGGAUCAACAAAAAGAUCUCGAGCAUGUCUCUUCUUUCUUCACCUGAUUGGUAGAUAAAUAUUUUUUUUACUGAUUUAAUGGCAAGAAUAAAACUCACCUGAAUUGGAUUCUUUGUAGCUGUUGUCUAAUUCAUCAUGAAGUUUGAGCUAUUUGUGAUCUUUAACUUAUAUCUUCCUAAGCUACUCAUGAUUUGCUUCAUCUCGUCCGCCUUUGUCGUCUUCUUCGAUUCCUUCGGGCAAAUCAUAUCACAUUUUGUAAUUGUCAGUGAUUGUCAAUGAUACCGAUGAUGAUGACAAUAAAAU